UCGGCCAACAACCAGACGGUAUUUUGGUGGAUCCGGAUGACAGCUUUUGGUGUCAGGCUCUGGAAGACCUGGAGACUUGUGGCCAGUCUGAACUUCUCAGAGAGAUAGAGGCUUCUAUCAUGACGGGUACCGCCAUCACUCUGGGUGUAGACAGUGCCACCAAACCUCCAGCUGAGCCCCUCCUGAGCCACAGCAGGAUGAGUCCAUUACGAAGAAAUUCACUCCUUCGUCAAGCAAAUUUGAUGCAUCAGAAUUCACAAUUCCACCCUGGGGUGCAUUUGCACGAAGAUGUCCAUCUGCAUGAAGAGGCCCUCAUCCACCAAGACUCCCACAUGCAUGAGGAGACCCAUUUUGACCAGGAGGCACACCUACUUCAUGGAGCCCACAUCCACCAAGAGACGCAGUCCCCUCUUCUUCACCACGAUCCCAAGCUCAAGGCUUCAUUAAGAGUUUCAGAGAGAACGUGGGAGUCUCGUCGGAUCAAAGAGGAAAUGCAGGGAAUUCUUUCCCCAACUCCCCUGGAGCUGCAUAAAGUAACAGUGAUAAAGGACCCAGAGAGCGACGACUUUGGCUUUAGCGUAUCAGACGGCUUCUUAGAGAAAGGUGUUUAUGUGAACAUGAUCAGAGCGGAUGGACCAGCGGACAGAGCCGGACUGAGGCCGUUCGACAGGAUCCUGCAGGUGAACCAUGUCAGAACGAGAGACUUUGAUUGCUGCUUAGCGGUGCCCCUCAUCACAGAGGCAGGAGACCGACUGGAGCUGGUCAUCAGCAGGAACCCCCUGGCCAGCGAACAUCCAGAAGAUAACAACAACACUUUAGACGAGCCCUUAGACCUGUAACAAGCAAUGCAAACAGAUGUUUUUAAUCUGUUUUUAAAGCACAUUGACACAGCGAGUCAUACAUUUUAAACAUAUUUACUGUGACUGGCCUGAACCUGAACAUAGGCUAGCAAUAAUGCUACAUACAGAGACUGAAAACGCAAUGCAUGCAAACAUCCCAUUACCAAUCAGUGGUACUGCUGUUAUACAGUUUAUUCUUUAUAUGUAAAAAAAAAAAAAACUUAUGGCUACAAUCUAAAAAAGCACCAAAAGUUUUUUUAACAGCCAAGAGGUUUUCUGUGUUGUUUCCAAAAUCGCACCAAAAAGAUUAGAAAUUGCAUAUUUCAGAAACUCUUCUUUUUUUGUUUGUUCAUCAGUGAAAGAAAAUCUACCAAAUUGAUAUGAUUUUAUUUUUUUACCUAAAUGCAUGGGUUAUGUUAGUCAAAGAAAGAACUAGAUGUCGUCUUCUGGGAGUAUAUUAGGACUGAAGGUAGUUUAUUAGUUGAUCAUAAGCAAAGACUGUUUAACACAAUUGGUUUAGGAAUAUUCUGUUUUUAGAGAGAGGCCUUUAAAUUGUCUUCUUCUGCACAUUUAAUCAUUAAAAAAAAUUAGUAAGAAACCAAAAAUUCUUUAAAACAGAUCAAUAACGGUACUACUGCUGAAAUUAUUGUUC